AAGCAAGAAGACGUCCAACCAAUACGCGAGUUCAGGUGCCGCUGAUGCAGAGUCUGAUUUCAAUCCUAGAAUCAAGUGUGGGGACGAAGGUAUAAGUUUACUUUUGGAGCAGAACGAGGUUACAAGUAUGGGAAUGAAAGAGGAAGAACUCAAGAUUCUAGAACACAAGGUCCUGAAGGAAGACUCAACUGAACAUCACAAAACUCAAGAUUCUGGUCAGCGAUCUGGUGGGACACUUAACAAGCUCCUCUCUGCGUUUGCUGGGGUGUGGCCCACCUCAAAAGCGGCCUCUGAGGUCCCCGCAAAAAGAAAGAAAGUCACCUCUGAGGGCCGUGACGGUCUCUGGUGGCACGACCUUGUGCCCUGCCAAGCCGGAGACGUCUCUGUCUCCGUCGUGCAGGCCAACCAUUUGCUCGAGGACCAGUGUUGUAUAGAGUCGGCCUCACCCCUCGGCACUGUCAUUGGUGUCUUUGAUGGCCACCGAGGCCCCGACGCUGCUUGGUUCGCGCGUGACCACCUCCUCCCCAACCUCCAAGAGGCUCUGUCUGGCCCACAUGGCGUGACGACCGAUGCCAUCAGGAAGGCGUUCAUGGCCAUGGAGGAAGGAUUCAGUGCGCUUGUGUCGAGCCUAUGGGAAACCAAGCCGAGCCUUGCCACCAUCGGGACAAGCUGUCUCGUCGGUGUCGUGCGUCAGGGGACUCUUUUUGUCGCCAACCUUGGGGACUCCCGGGCUGUUCUCGGCAAGGUUGGCCACAACGGGCGGAUUAUCGCUGAGCAGCUGUCCACUGACCACAAUGUUUGUUACGAGGAGGUCAGGAAAGAGGUCAUGGCUCAGCACCCUGAUGAUCCGCAGAUUGUAGUGCUUAUGCAUGGUGUCUGGAGAGUGAAGCGCAUGAUCCAGGUGUCGAGAUCAAUAGGCGACGCAUACUUGAAACACCAGCAGUUUAACAGGGAACCACUCCCUGCGAGGUUCAGACUUCCUGAACCAUUCAGCCGACCACUAUUGAGUGCCAGCCCAUCUAUCACCCCACGCAGUCUUCAGCCAAGUGACCGUUUCAUCAUAUUUGCCUCCGAUGGUCUAUGGGAACACUUGAGUAAUGAGGAAGCUGCCGAGAUGGUUCACAAACAUGAGCGUACUGGAAUUGCAAGAAGGUUGGUAGAAGCAGCUAUGCGUGAAGCGGCACGGAAAAGGGAGAUGCGUUACACAGACCUCAAGAGGAUUGAAAAAGGGCUUCGCGUGCAUUUCCACGAUGAUAUUACGGUCAUUGUCUUAUUUAUAGAUCAUAAAGACCACGCGCAAGGACAUCGGGCAGUUUCCAUUAGAAGUACCUGA